UCCACUGGAGGACACGCACUGUGCAGCAUCUCUCUCUCAGCCGUCCGUGUGUGUGUGUGUGUGUGUGUGUGUGUGUGUGGGUCGUGGAAAUAACAACCAUCCCCCCCCAAAAAAGAAGCUUAGGAGCGGACAAACCAUGGAUGAAAGAAUACCGCAUCUACAGGACAGGCAGUUUAUGGAGCACGCAGAUUUCUUGGGGGUGGAUUACCCCUCUCUCUACAUGUGCAAAUCCAAAAGAGGGAUAAAAAGAGAGGAUGGUGGGAAGCAGGACGCAUACAAGUUACCACACCGGUUGAUCGAGAAGAAGAGGAGAGACAGAAUAAACGAAUGUAUUGGUCAGCUGAAGGAUUUGUUACCCGAACACCUGAAGCUGUCGACGCUCGGGCAUUUGGAGAAAGCGGUCGUCCUGGAGUUAACGCUGAAACAUCUGAACGCACUGACUGCUGUCACUGAGCAGCAGCACCAGAAGAUCAUUGCUCUGCAGAACGGUGACCGGUCGAUGAAAUCCUCUAUUCAUGCCGAUCUGGACGCGUUCCAUUCCGGGUUCCAGGCCUGUGCCAAAGAGGUCCUGCAGUACCUGAGUCAGUUUGAGAACUGGACGGCUCGGGAGCAGAGGUGCGCUCAGCUCAUCGGCCACCUCCACAAGGUGCUGGCGCAGUUCCAGCCCGGCGCACCGACACUCCAGCACCAGCUGCCCGCCGCCGGGGACGCACAGGACGGGCAGAAAGCCGAGAGCCAAGCCAACUGCGUCCCGGUCAUCCAGAGGACCCAGGGCGGGGAGCUCAACGAGAACGACACCGACACGGACAGUGGAUACGGGGGCGAAGCCGAGAAGAGCGACGGCAAAGAGAAAGAAUGCGAGCGCGUGAAAGCAGUGAAGAUCAAGCAAGAGUUUGGAGAUGAUCGCCUCGCCAAAAAACCAAAGAUGAACUGGGCUGGGAACGGGUCAGUGGGCACAGACCCCACUAGGCCCGAUCUGGCGUUUAUGAACUCUCUGAUGGGAAUAAGCGGUGUGGGACAGCAGACACCCAUUUGCAUGCCUUUCUACUUCAUCAACCCCUCGGCCGCGGCGACUUAUAUGCCUUUUUUCGACAAAAGCAACAUUGAGAAGUACGUGUACCCGGCUCUCGCGUCCCCGUUCCCCUGGCUCUACCCGGCACACGCCGCAGCAGCAGCCGCCGCGGCCGCCGCUUUCCCCGGCUUGUCUGUGCACGUCGGAGGCUCUGCUCAGUCCGGUGACGUCCACAGUCCGGACAGCGACGAGUCACGCGAGGCUGAGUUGGGUUCCCCAGACGAGCGCGAGGACAGUCCCGCGAGUGACUACGAGGAGGAUGACGUAGCUGAGACGUCCCCAGAGAGCAAGAAGAGUCCUCACGACCCCUUCUCUGCUUGUCAAACCAGCUAAUUCCCUUAGUCCGUGUUACCUCCCCCCUGCACUCUGCCGGGGAGGUUUUAUGGAUUUGCUUUUUUUUAAAAAGUUAGUUAUAAAACGAGGUUUCACUGUUAAGAGUUUCUCGUGUACAAUAUCUCGGCGAAACAGGGGACAGUUGUGACUUGAGUGUGCCUUUUGCACUUAUGCUAGAUUAGUCAAAACUAAAUGAUUAUCGACAAUGAUUGAAAUUAAUACGCGGCUGGGUUGUGCUGGAGUUAAGUUUUUUAUCCUCUUUGAUAAAAAAAAAUAAUAUUUUAAAGUGGCAGCAUUGGUGCCAAAACUUUGAGUACUACAACAGUGCGCAGUAUCCCAAUCAGCGUGUCUCUUUGGAUGUAUGACGUUUCAACUGACCUCUGCCAAGGUCAAUAAGAGCUUGGCUGACUCUGACUGUAAAUAUUAUUACCAGGAAGACGGUCUGAUUCAUUACCAUGUACAUGGGGCUGUAAAAGAAGUGCCCCCGGAAGUGGAACGCCCACUGUACCUCAUCCCCAACUUUGCAGUGGGUUGGCUGAUUAGGAGGCACAUGACUGUCCCUCCUGAGAGUAAAUGAAUGGUAUCUCCAUCAUUAACAAUGCAUACAAAGAACAGCUACUUUACACAUAAUAAAGAUAAUAAAUGGUGAAAUUAUGGGAAAGGUAUUAUGCCUGGUUGCCCUCAACUCAUUUUACAAAUCUACAGAGUUCAUUUACUUGUUUGUUCUUGUAAGGAAAGAAAAAAAAACAACAACACUGAAAUCAUUCAGAAUAAAUGAAAGACGAAAGCCUUCAUUUACAAGGAGCUGCUUGACCUGAUAUUGUACGUCCCCUGAAUGAGGCAUUUCAGCACCGAGAUGCGGUGACCUCCUGUACCUCCAAGAAACAUUGUAGGAUAGCACCUUAUAGAUCUUUGAUAUUGAAUGUACCUGUAUUUUCCCAGCUGUUAAAGUUUGUAUGUAGGAUGAUCUUUACUCUUUGAGACGUAAAGUGCACUUUUUCUGCUCUUACUCUCCCAAACAGUCACCUCAUAAUCUUGAGAGUCAAUCACUGUAGUUCUCUUAGAACCUUUUUAUUGUGUUGAGCUGUCUUGAAAUAAUAAAAAAAGUGAUUUCAUUUUAAAAAAGAGGUCAGAGAUACCACGUGCUUUGUGAUGCUUUCAUGCAGUAAAGUGGUCAUUAAGUCAUUUGCCUGAUUUGACAAACCACUGCUUAUUUCUGGCUCUUUCAAAGCAAAAUUAUUCAAAUCAUAAUCAGAUUUGAAAACCCAUGACACACCAGACUAUCCAGGAUUCUGUGUUUGUGUGCUAUCAUUAUGUAAAACCUUGAUUUUCAAAAAUUUUACAAGGGUGGAAAAGCAGCUGUGGUCAUGUGACCAUCACUUAUGACCAUUGUCAUUUUAGGAACUUUUAACUUUAUCUUGGCCUGUUUUCUAAGAGAUUAAUUCCUGAAAGUAUAGUGAUAUUCAGAUUUUUUAAGUAUGACACGUGAAACAGAUGAUUUUCAUUGCAUUUUGCAUUCAUGACAUUGCUUUUGUAGUUUACUUCAGCUGGUUUUGCCUCACGUCUGUUAUCAACUGUUAUAUAAAGUGGCAUGUGUGUCUGUAAAUAUUUUUUUGUGAAUAUACCAUAAAGUAUACAUGUCUAUGUCACUGUUGUAGAUUUUUUUUAAAGAUUUAACUGAGCAACUGUUGCACAUUUCGUUAAUGCUUUACACAUAUGCUGUUAUAAAUUAAGGCUGAUGAGUUGUAAAAUAAAUAUCAAAAC